AUGUCUUCCUCAUCGAGUGAUGAAGUAGAUGAAGCUAUAGAAGAAAUGGUCGACCAAGUUGUUGAUAAUUACAUCGAUUCGGUGGUUAAUGUUCAAGCCAAGAGACGAGCUUAUAUCGAAAGAGAUCGGGAACGAGGACACAAUCAACUAUGGAACGACUAUUUCAUCGAAAAUCCAACAUACCAACCGGAAAUGUUUAGGCGGCGUUUUCGAAUGAACAAGCCGUUGUUCCUUCGCAUUGUCGAAAGCCUAAGCUCUGAAGUUCCAUACUUUCAGCAAAGAAAUGGGCACGGAAGGUACGGGCUAUCUGCACUCCAAAAGUGUACGGCGGCUAUACGUAUGCUGGCAUAUGGUCAAUCGGGAGAUACGUAUGACGAAUAUCUCCGACUUGGAGAAAGUACUGCACGUUUAUGUUUGGAAAAUUUCACUGAUGGGAUAAUGGAAUUGUUUGGAGAAGAGUAUCUGAGAAGACCCACACCCGAUGAUCUUCAACGUUUACUCGAUAUUGGAGAGGUACGCGGUUUUCCAGGGAUGAUAGGCAGCAUCGAUUGUAUGCAUUGGGAGUGGAAAAACUGUCCUACGGCUUGGAGAGGACAAUACACACGUGGUUCAGGAAAGCCGACAAUUGUCUUAGAAGCUGUGGCAUCUCAGGAUCUGUGGAUAUGGCACGCAUUUUUCGGCUUACCAGGUACUCUCAACGAUAUCAAUGUUCUUGAUCGCUCUCCUGUUUUCAGUGACAUUUUAGAGGGUCGAGCACCUAAAGUUAAUUUCAAGGUCAACAACCACACUUAUCGUAUGGCGUACUACCUUACUGACGGAAUUUAUCCGAAUUGGGCAACAUUUAUCCAAUCCAUCUCGCUUCCUCAAGGUCCUAAAGCAGAGCUAUUUGCUCACCGUCAAGAAUCCACCAGAAAAGAUGUUGAACGGGCUUUUGGAGUAUUGCAAUCAAGGUUUGCAAUAGUUAAAAACCCUGCUCUACUUUGGGACAAGGUUAAGAUAGGAAAGAUUAUGAGAACUUGUGUCAUUUUGCACAAUAUGAUAGUAGAGAACGAACGAAGCGGAUACGCUCAAAUUGAUACAUCUGAGUUUGAGUCAGGGGAGUCGAGCAGGAGUUCCCAGGUGCAAAGGACAAGAAGUAUGAAUAUCGGUAAUAUGCGUGGCAUUCGCAAUGAAGUUCGGGAUUCACAGAUACAUGAUCGUUUAAAAGCUGAUUUAGUUGAAAAUGUAUGGCAAAAGUUUGGUAAUGUCGAUGAAUAA